UCUCUCGCUCGCUCCACGUCAGCCUCGGAGGUUCAAACUUCAAACUCAGAGAUUGCAAUCUUCGCCCUUGGAACUUGGAAGGUUUGCAAAAGCACUAGAACUUCAUUUCGCUACUUCUUUAGCUUGCCGUAUUUGAAGCCAAAUCAUUUCAUAUCUGUAGGACACAAUUUGGGAUCUGUGGAUCAUGUUUCUCAGGCGACUUGCAGUGGCGCUUCCUCACUCAAGAAGGUUCUUUAGCAGUAACAGCAACCAUGAUCUUGCAAGUGCCAUUGAUGCACUAAAUAAGGAAAUGGAAUCAGUAUUUGGUGAACCUCCUUCAGAUGGACCUGCCAGUUCUGUAAGUAAUGAAUAUAAGGCUGAAGAACCCCAGUUCGUCUCUCAUAAAGGAUUUGAAAGCAAAAUUGGCCUGACCCACAUUGGCAGCAUGGGUGAAGCUCAAAUGGUAGAUGUUUCUCCCAAAGAAAGUAGUAAGAGAACUGCAAUUUCUAGUUGUAAGGUAAUUCUUGGCAAGAAGGUGUUUGAUUUGGUCUUAGCUAACCAAAUCGCCAAGGGAGAUGUCCUCAGUGUGGCGAAAAUUGCAGGAAUAAUUGGAGCAAAGAAAACUAGCAGUCUCAUCCCACUAUGCCACAACAUAACCUUGACUCAUGUUCGUGUCGAUCUGACACUGAACCCAGAGGAUUUUAGUGUGGAUAUAGAAGGGGAAGCUGCGUCUACAGGUAAAACUGGGGUUGAAAUGGAAGCAAUGACCGCUGUGACCAUUGCUGGUCUAACAGUUUAUGAUAUGUGCAAGGCUGCUUCUAAGGAUAUCCAUAUUACAGAUAUACGACUUGAGCGCAAAACUGGUGGGAAGAGCGGGGACUGGUCCAGGGAGGAGUAAUAAUGUGUUUGAAGAAGAUUAUAGUGAAAAAUGCUCUGCCAAAUGUCUUGAAGCUUAGUUUUUAGUGGAUGCUUGCAUAUCCAAUUGGAAAUGAAAAAUGAAUGUUGGCUGUGAAUCUCGUCCAUUCAUUUUUUAACAGGAGAUCUCCAUUGAAAAAUUCACAGGAUGUAAGCCAAAUGAAAGGCUACUCCCAUCUGUAGUUUUAGAAUUUGAAGGCAAUAUUUAUGUACGAAUUGAGUUGUUACAUAUUAAAA